GGCACUCCGACCCCGUUUCUCUACAACGCGGCCCUUGCCCUGUAUUUUUGCUGGCUCCUCUCGUCCCUCUAAUCGCAUCCAAGCUGCCACCAUGUCGCUCAAGAUUCUCGUGUUCAUCAACGGCAAUGUGGUGACAUCGGCACAACCGCUGGUGCUGUCCAAAUCCAUCAACAGCCUGGACGUUGUGUUCGAUCGCCUGACCACGCGCCUGCGGCCCAAUUUCGGUGCCGUGCGUCGCCUAUACACGCUUGCGGGCAAACGUGUCCACGAAUUUGGUGACCUCGAGGACAACCAUCACUAUGUGGCAGCAGGCAACACUGGCUUUAAGCGGGCACAGUAUCGCGGCGUUGAACUCAGUCACGCCUCCACACGCGCCCAGGCAGCCAAUCACAGCCCAACUGCCACAACCAUUCUCGUCGCCAAAAAUGGCGAGUCUCACGCUCCCAUUCGCAUUCCCAUCCCUUUGGCCGCCACCACCUUCGAGCAAGUGCUCAAGCUCAUGGCUACCCGCAUCAGCUUGGGGCAAGGCCAAGUCCGGAAACUCUAUACCAGCAAUGGUCACCUGGUUACACACAUUGACCAACUCAAGCACCAGGAAUUGUACGUUGCUGCAGACACCGACCCUUUCAAACCACUUUCCUACAACAUGUGGAAGGGCACCCACAGCACGGCAUCCCUUCCAGGCUCCACACCAGCCACCGCACGUCGCAACAAAUCCAAGGCCCACAUCCGCACGACCAAGUUUGACGCCCUCCAAGAGCAGAUACAGGCCCUGGUUCAGGAUCGAAAGCGACUGCGGGCGCUCUGGCGCGCUCUCGACCUAAACAACAACGGCAUUGUCAGGUAUGUAGCAAUCUGCAUCCUCAUGCCCGCCUUCUUCGCGCUCUUCGCUUUGGUUUGCACCCUUGUUCAAAGCAUGUUCGGGCUCAACGCCCCGGGCCCCCGCACCCCCAAUCGCAGUCUGGCUGAAGUUGACAAGCUGGUCCUAGAACGCUUCCCUCUCUUGAAUCACAAGCCCGCCCUUAUGCGGGCUUUCAAGUAUACUACCCUCCGGGACGGUGAUGGGGACGCCUGGAUUGAACGCAAGGAGUUUCCUCCCCUCCUCCGCAACAUCUUCUUCUUCAACAAGCUAUUCCAUAUCUUUGAACAGGUGAUAUUUCGAUCUGCAUCAACUGCUCGCUUUUUGCUCACCGCCCUCCGCCGCCUGGGAUGCUAUCCGCUCACGUCUUGCUUGCGGGUGCCUGUCGCAUGCGUACACGUACCAUUGCAGCUGGACAGCAACCACGACCGCCGGAUUGACCCAGUCGAAUUCCGCGAAAACAGCCAUACCAUCGGCCUCAAGCUCUCCGAUGCUGAGCUUGUCGCCGCCUUUGCUGAACUCGAUGUGAAUCACGGUGGCCACAUUCUCUUUGACGAGUUUUGCUCCUGGGUGGCUCGUGUGGAGUGCCCUGUCGAUGGUGACAUUCUAGAAGGCAGCACGCGUGCUAGUGCCACCAUGGAUAUUCAGCAGCACUCCCGCACGCAGGGUUCAAAGCCACGCUCGGCUCUGGCUGAUAAGGACAUCCGUCUCGUCUGCACCCAGUUCGAUGAAGUUGAACCACAAAUUCAGGCCUUGCUGCACGACCCAGAAGCACUGCAGGCUGCGUGGCGUGCUCUUGAUUACAAUGGCAAUGGCAUCUGCAGUCUGGCUGAGGUGGACAAGUGGACGAGCACCCAGUUUCCCAUGCUGGAUCACAAACCAGCUCUCAUGCGCGCUUUCAAGCAGACUACCCUCGUGGACGGCGACCAAGACGCCUGGGUUGAAAAGGCCGAGUUUCCUGCUCUUAUUCGCAACAUCUUUACCUUUAACCUUCUCUUUCACAUCUUUGAUCAUAUCGACCGGGUCGGUGCCAGUCUCAGCUCAAAACAAGCGGCACGUGAGUUUGAGAACAUGGACAGUAACGACGGUGGCGUAGUCCUGUUUGACGAGUUUUGUGCUUGGGUGGCACGCAACAAAUAUCCAGUCAACAGCAUUGUGCUUUCCGACUUUACCAUGGCCAGUACCGAAAUGGAAAAGCAGGCGGCCACAGCCCAAAAGCAAGCCACCCAAUCUCGAGAUGUCGUGCCCGAUAUUGUGACUCGCCGCUUUGAUUUGGUGGAAAAGGACAUCAAGUCCCUCGUCGCUGACGCUGCGCGUUUGCGGCGUGCUUGGAACCAAAUGGACUACAAUGGCAAUGGCAAAGUAUCCCUGGCGGAGAUUGACAAGUUUGUGGUGGAGCGUUACCCUGUACUCAAUCACAAACCAGCAUUGAUGCGAGCUUACAAAAAGACGACGAUCAAGGAUGGUGAUGGCGACCCCUGGAUCGAAAAGCAUGAAUUUGUUGCGCUCUUGAUCAACAUAGUCUACUUUGUUAAGGUGUUUUGCGUAUUUGCAGACUUGGACCGAGGAGCAGACCGUCGCCUGAAUUUUGCCGAAUUUUACAGCGGCCUCGAUCACUUGGGCAUGCAUAUGGACAAGGAGGAAGCGCGUGACGUCUUUGCACGGAUCGACACCAACAAGGGGGGGCAGAUCUUGUUUGACGAAUUUUGCGCAUGGCUGGCGCGUGAAUCGGUGCCUGUGGAUGAUCAGGUCGUAACAGCGUUUACAACUGCCGCAUAGGGCCCAGAGUCCCCCUUCCUUUUUCGUGAUUGCGCUGAGUUGAGUAUUGGCGCCUUAGCCACUCAUUUUUUGUGCCUGAAGCCCGUUUGAUUUUUUUUGUGUGUAUGUGUACCAUAUAAGCCCACCUCUCACAUGUGUACAGUCCAACCCUCUCGUUUCACCUCCCCGUUUGAGUGUGCUUUAUUCGGGUCAAGGCGAUACCACCGCUUGCCCUACCUACCCUCGACCACUUUGCUGCAUAUUUCAAAAAAAAGCGUUGAGAACAUAAUAACAGUGAUUGAGCAUGUCACUUUCAAUUUACCAAGCUUUGCUCCAUCCUCUGCCUAUCCCGAGCCGGUCAGUACAUGCCGAAUAGCAACCGUAGUCUACUACGUCGGCCACCACCCACUUUUAGGCUUGUCAUGAUGGAUUCAGGCACUCAGCCUCUACAAACUUGACUGUUCCAUCGCUGACGAAACUAGCAAAGCCAGAUCUCGUGUAGCUUGCCAGAUGUGUUUGUGUGGUCAAACGCUCUGCGCUUGUGAAGACUUGUUAGGCCAAGCCACACCAAUAAGUCAGAAAGGCGUGGCCCGCCGCCUGCUGGCCAUUUUGAACCACCCUCAUGCAUUCUAAUUUUCGAGUUUCGAGCUAGAUGACAACGGCUUCAAACCAAUCUGCUGGUUGCUCCUGAUAGCCUGGCAUGCCGUCGCUGAUCCAGGUCAAGAUGCCACCCUGUUGACUGGUCAAGCCAGCCUCAUCAUACUGAAGAGCCAAAGCGUAGCGAAUAAAGGGGCCCACACGACCGGAGAACAAAGUCGGCGCCAGUCGACUCAAUGCCA